GAAACAUUAGUUAUAUCUACAUUGAAUCCAAAAUUCACCAGAUGCAAUAUUAAUAUUGAUAAAGAAACGUUAAUUUUUGACAUGCAAUUAAUUCGCAUCUAAAAACCAGAACAUUAUUGCGCUUUAUUUGUAUAUUUUGAUUGCUAAUUUCAAACUUCGUUCAUUCUACUGUACCGUAAAAUAAAGCGCAUGCGUAUGUGACGCUGACCGCUGACGCGCAUGCGACCACAGAGCAUUCUAUACUUCUAUGUGUUGACAUUUCAAUAUGACAAGUUUCUAACCUUUUAACUGUCACAUUCUUUCAUUUCAUUCAAAAACGCAUAAUUUGAAUAUUGUUUUGAGGUGUGUGCUGAAUUAAAUAAUUAUCCUCUUUUUUUAAAUUCAUAUUUGAUUGAAUAUGAAUUAUAAAAAAUGCGGAAUGUAAAUUUAUUGAAAUAGAAGGGUACUGUUAUAUUUCGACUUUCAUAAGUCCACAAAUAUUUUAUUCUGAUGUUAAAUGUAAUGUAGAGAACAAAACUUUCCCCCCCGAGAGAAAAGAAUGUGCGAAGGUUCAACUGGGUGUCAUAGAUAAUAUACAAAAGCAGAGGGAUUCAUCAUUUUCUCUUAUCUCAUCAGAAACAAGUUCCGAGUCUGUUUACUUGUCGUCGAAGUUGAUAUAAGCCAACAUGACUGCUCCGAUCAGUACUGCCAUGGACAGUUUGACCGCUGCACUGAAGUCGAACAUUAUUCCCAAUCAGGAGUAUCUGCUGCAGGGAUCGGUGUUGGAUACCUCCGUGGAAGUACUGCUGCACAGACUCCGUGGUUUGUGCGACAAUGUGGAUCAUGGACCAGAGGGCUUCUACGACCACGAGAUGUGUUUCAGCAUUCGCAGAGGCUCUCCGCAGGAACAGCCGCUACUGCUGCGAGUGCGACGUACUCUCGAUCCCAACAACGCGGAUAUGCCAUGGCAGUUACGAUACAUCGGCCAGCCCGAGUUAGGCGAUAAAUCACGACCCACAAUCGUUCGCAGCAGCAUCGACAUCGCCACCAGCAACACCGUGGUGGAGUUUCUCACCGAGCUGGGCUGCAAGCUGGACUUCGAGUACGUUACUCGCGGCUACAUGUUUCGCAAGGGGCGAAUGAAGAUCACCGUGUCGAAGAUCUUCAAGGUGAACCAGGGUAAGGUGCCAGAGAGCGUGCCGGAGAUGAUAUCACAGAGCUACUUGGUGGAGCUUAGUGUGCUGGCCCCCAGCGGGCAAGACGCCAUAGCAGAGGACAUAAGGAUAUUCGCGGAACAGCUGCGACCUUUGGUGCAAUUGGAGAAAAUAGAUUACAAGAGACUGGUCCAUUAAUCGUGAGAUAUUCCUAUUGCAAGGAAUCUUUUCAUCAUAAAUAUCUUGUAUAAAUUUAGUGCGUCGAAAAAUGUUCGCCAUACAUUCGAUUUAAAAAGGAAGGCAAAGAAAAUUUUUAGGAUAUUGUUUUAAUUGUCAUAUUUUAAUAUUUAUCGUAAUUUGACGUAAGACUUGACUUUGCCUUUUAAUUCUUCACUGACUAGAGACUCACUGGGAUUUAUUAAAGAUUCUCCAGAUUCAUUCAUUAAGAAAUAAUACGAAGUGAAAAAUAUUUUUUAUAAAAUGUAUAAGUGUUAAGUUACAAAUUCGAAAUAGAAAUGGUGAUUACGAGAUUAUUUAUGUAUAAAUACCUUAAAAAUUAAUAGAAUAUGUAAACUUUAGUAAAGACAAUAAGCAAGCUAAUGUAUAAUGAGAGUUUAAAAAACUUGGAAACACGAUUUUCUUUCUAGCGAGAAUUCUGACCAAAUGUACGCACGCAGACAGAAAUGCCUCGUCAUUUGAACUUAUAGUUAAUUUUCACAGAAAACGUUAUAAAAUGCAUUUCACUUCGCUCUACUUCAGGUUCGAAAUUAUUAAAACAGCAAGAGAUGAAUUUCAUAUAAUAAGAUCAUACGUUUUAUUUCUUCGCAUUAUUUUUUUUACGAAAAUUCGAUAAUUUCGACAAAAAGUCGAAAAUUGAAUAUAUAAUAUAAAAUUCUUUUCUAUUCUAAAAGAGAAAUUCAUUUACUGUAGAAAAUUUUUUAGAUUAUUGUAGAAUUUAUAAUAUAUAUGUUUGUGAAUAUAUAUUUUUCCAUAUUUCUAUAUUAUAUAUCUCUUGCAAGUAUAGCAAAAGUUCACCUCAAUUAAAUGAAAUUAUUAUUAAAUUUGAAUAUCAAUUUGGCUAACAUUUCACAGAAAAAUUGAUAAAUAUUGAAAACAGUUGUUACCUAAAAUUGAUUUAUUAUAUGGGAGUUGUAUACACUGUAUGUAUGUACGCAUUGAAGGCUAUUUCAUUCCUUUUCUCUUUAACUUAAGUUAAAAUAAAUCGAAUUUAUCUUAACUUGUAAGGAUGAAUUAAAUAAUAUGAAUAAUGAGA